AUGGUAGACGAGCUGGUGUGGGUGGGCGGGUUUUCCACUCCAAGUGACGAGAUGGAGGGGAUUUUGAAGACUUUCGGCUUUCGCUUUCCUGUGGGCUGUCAGACUAAAGAGACAGGUCUCUUCAUUACGCAAAAGGAAAACGGCAUCAUGGGUCUCGGUCGCCAUCGCUCGACUGUCAUGUCUUACAUGCUGAAUGCAGGUCGUGUGACGCAGAAUCUAUUCACUUUAUGCUUCGCGGGAGAUGGUGGCGAACUAGUCUUUGGAGGAGUAGAUUACAGUCACCACACGAGCGAUGUAGGCUACACUCCGCUGCUUGACGACAAGUCCGCUUAUUAUCCAGUGCACGUGAAGGACAUUCGGAUGAAUGGUGUCUCACUAGGUAUUGAUGCUGGCACGAUCAAUUCAGGCAGAGGAGUGAUUGUGGACAGCGGUACGACGGAUACAUUCUUCGAUUCCAAAGGAAGCCGAGCUUUUAUGAAAGCGUUCCAGAAUGCAGCAGGACGGGAGUAUAGCGAAAAGCGCAUGGAUCUUACAGCUGAUGAACUAGCUGCUCUCCCGACAAUUUCGAUUAUCCUGUCUGGAAUGAAAGGAGACGGCACCGAGGACAUUCAGCUGGAUAUCCCAGCGUCAAGCUAUCUUACCCCCUCCGACAAAGUUGGAUCGUACAAUGGCAACUUCCAUUUCUCGGAACGUAGCGGUGGAGUUUUGGGAGCGAGCACUAUGAUCGGCUUUGACGUGAUUUUCGAUACUGAGAACAAACGUGUGGGCUUCGCCGAGUCGGAUUGCGGUGUAGCACUUGGUGUGAUGGUUUGGACCAAGUGGCGCACGCGAUCUUGGUCCCGUAUCCCGAACGCGACGGAGACCUCGAGAGCACACAUGGAGACAGUCGUGGAUAUGAACGACAAUCGAAGCCUGUCACCAACAUCUCCACCGGGAAGUCCGCUGUCUCCUCGGUCUCGAGCAGCUAGAAAAGGCCAGUCACCGAAGUUUACGAUUGGCUCACCUGUAGAUGAAGAAGACGCAGACAAAUUCCGAGAAGAAGAGGAAGGCUGA